GGGGCCGGAGCUCCCAGCGGCCGCAGCCCCUCGGAAUCCCCUGCCACUCCUGCGUCCCCACCGACCCCUGAGCCACUGCCCGGCCCGCAGCUCCCGCGCCCCACCCCGGAGCCCCCAGCGCCCACCCCUAUUCCUCCCUCGCCUCACCUCGGAGACCCCGUGCCCCACCCCGGCUUCCUCCCGAGCCCCUCCCCAUCCCCGGCCCCGGCCCCCUGCCCCCCACGCGUGCCGCGGCCAUGGCGGCUGUGCGGGGGGCGCCCCUGCUUGGCUUCCUCCUGGCGCUGCUGGCGCUGUGCCCCGGGGGGCGCCCGCAGACGGUGCUGACGGACGACGAGAUCGAGGAGUUCCUCGAGGGCUUCCUGUCUAAGCUGGAGCUCGAGCCCCGGGAGGACGACCUGGAGCCCCCGCCGCCCCCUGAGCCCACCCUGCGCAGCCGCAAAGCCCAGACCGGGGGCAAGCCGGGGGCGCGCGUAGGGGUGGCCGGAGAGGCACCUCCAGAGAAGGCCAAAGACAAAGGGAAGAAAGGGAAGAAGGACAAAGGCCCCAAGGUGACCAAGAAGCUGCUGGAGGGAACCCCCAGGCCACCUAAGAAGCCCAAGGAGAAGCCACCCAAGGCCACCAAGAGGCCCAAGGAGAAGCCACCCAAGGCCACCAAGAAGCCCAAGGAGAAGCCACCCCAGGCCACCAAAAGGCCCAAGGAGAAGCCACCCCAGGCCACCAAGAGGCCCAAGGAGAAGCCACCCAAGACCACCAAGAGGCCUCCGACUGGGAAGAGGCUCCCCACCCUGGCCCCCUCAGAAGCCCCAUGGUGGCCGCUGCCCCCUCCCCUCAGCCCCCCCUUCGAGGAGCCGCCGCAGGAGGAAGGCGGGGCCCCCCCAAGUCCCUGGCAGCGUCCCGGAGCAGAGGCCCGUGUGGAGCGCCAGCCUGAGCCAGAGGAGGAGACAGAGCAGCCCACGCUGGACUACAACGACCAGAUAGAGAGGGAGGACUACGAGGACUUUGAGUACAUCCGGCGCCAGAAGCAGCCCAGGCCGCCCCCCAGGAGGAGGCCCGAGAGGCCCCGGCCUGAGCACCUCGAGGAGAAGGCCGAGCGCCCAGCGCAGGGGGUCACGGCCCCAGAGGACAAGGAGCGGACCGAGCCGCCUCUGAAGCCCCUGCCGCCCCUGCCGCCCCCCGACUACGGGGGUGGCUCCGUGAUCCCCGACUACGACAACAUGGACUAUUACUUCCGGCCUCCCAGCCCCCGGAAGCCGGACACCAGGCUGGAGACAGACGAAGAGAAGGAGGAGCUGAAGAAGCCCAAAAAGGAGGGCAGCAGCCCCAAGGAGGAGACAGAUGACGGAUGGACGCUGGACAAGGGCAAGGACCACAAAGGGCCCCGGAAGGGCGAGGAGGCAGAGGAAUGGGCUCCAGCAGAGAAAGUCAAGUGCCCCCCCAUUGGCAUGGAGUCGCACCGCAUCGAGGACAACCAGAUCCGGGCCUCCUCCAUGCUGCGCCACGGCCUGGGGGCCCAGCGCGGCCGCCUCAACAUGCAGGCUGGCGCCUCCGAGGACGACUACUACGAUGGGGCCUGGUGCGCCGAGGACGACGCCCAGAGGCAGUGGAUCGAGGUGGACACCCGGAGGACCACCCGCUUCACCGGCAUCAUCACCCAGGGCCGCGACUCCAGCCUCCACGACGACUUUGUGACCUCCUUCUUCGUGGGCUUCAGCAACGACAGCCAGACAUGGGUGAUGUACACCAAUGGCUACGAGGAAAUGACCUUCCACGGGAACGUGGACAAGGACACGCCCGUGCUGAGCGAGCUCCCGGAGCCGGUGGUAGCCCGCUUCAUCCGCGUGUACCCGCUCACCUGGAACGGCAGCCAGUGCAUGCGCCUGGAGGUGCUGGGCUGCCCCGUGUCCCCUGUCCACAGCUACUACACACAGAACGAGGUGGUCGCCACCGACAACCUGGACUUCCGGCACCACAGCUACAAGGACAUGCGCCAGCUGAUGAAGGUGGUGAAUGAGGAGUGCCCCACGGUCACCCGCACAUACAGCCUGGGGAAGAGCUCCCGCGGGCUGAAGAUCUACGCCAUGGAGAUCUCCGACAACCCCGGGGACCACGAGCUGGGGGAACCCGAGUUCCGCUAUACAGCUGGGAUCCACGGCAACGAGGUGCUGGGCCGCGAGCUGCUGCUGCUGCUCAUGCAGUACCUGUGCCGCGAGUACCGGGCGGGGAAUCCCCGCGUGCGCAGCCUGGUGCACGACACGCGCAUCCACCUGGUGCCCUCGCUGAACCCGGACGGCUACGAGGUGGCCGCACAGACGGGCUCGGAGUUUGGGAACUGGGCGCUGGGGCUGUGGACGGAGGAGGGCUUCGACAUCUAUGAGGACUUCCCAGAUCUCAACUCCGUGCUCUGGGGAGCUGAGGAGAGGAAGUGGGUCCCUUACCGGGUGCCCAACAACAACCUGCCCAUCCCUGAACGCUACCUCUCGCCGGACGCCACGGUGUCCACGGAGGUGCGGGCCAUCAUCGCCUGGAUGGAGAAGUACCCGUUUGUGCUGGGCGCCAACCUGAACGGCGGCGAGCGGCUGGUGUCCUACCCCUACGACAUGGCGCGCACGCCCACGCAGGAGCAGAUGCGGGCCGCGGCCCUGGCAGCCGCCCGCGGGGAGGACGAGGACGAGGUGUCCGAGGCCCAGGAGACCCCGGACCACGCCAUCUUCCGCUGGCUGGCCAUCUCCUUCGCCUCCACCCACCUCACCAUGACCGAGCCCUACCGGGGAGGGUGCCAAGCGCAGGACCACACCGGGGGCAUGGGCAUCGUCAACGGGGCCAAGUGGAACCCCCGAUCUGGGACCAUCAACGACUUCAGCUAUCUGCACACCAACUGCCUGGAGCUCUCCAUCUACCUGGGCUGCGACAAGUUCCCUCACGAGAGCGAGCUGCCCCGAGAGUGGGAGAACAACAAGGAGGCCCUGCUCACCUUCAUGGAGCAGGUUCACCGCGGCAUCAAGGGGGUCGUGACGGAUGAACAAGGCAUCCCUAUUGCCAAUGCCACCAUCUCCGUGAGCGGCAUUAACCACGGUGUGAAGACAGCCGGAGGCGGCGAUUACUGGCGCAUCCUGAACCCCGGGGAGUACCGGGUGACGGCCCAGGCGGAGGGCUACACGCCGAGCGCCAAGACCUGCAACGUGGACUAUGACAUCGGGGCCACGCAGUGCAACUUCAUCCUGGCCCGCUCCAACUGGAAGCGCAUCCGGGAGAUCCUGGCCAUGAACGGGAACCGGCCCAUCCUGCGCAUCGACCCUUCGCGCCCCAUGACGCCCCAGCAGCGGCGCCUGCAGCAGCGGCGCCUGCAGUACCGGCUGCGCAUGCGCGAGCAGAUGCGGCUCCGCCGGCUCAACGCCACCGCGGGCCCCGCCGCCACGGCCACCUCCGCGCUGCCCCCCACACUGCUGCCCACGCCCAACCUCACCUCCUCCCCGGCCCACGCUCCCACCCCCACCCCCACCCCGACCCUGGGGCCCUGGCGCAUCCUACCCGAGCCCACGGCCGACUGGGAGGAGACUGAGACCGAGACCUACACGGAGGUGGUGACAGAGUUUGGGACCGAGUUGGGGCCCGAGGAGGAGAGGGAGGAGGAGGAGGAGGAGGAGGAGGAGGUGGUCACGGGCCCGGACUUCCCCUUCACCACGGUGGAGACCUACACGGUGAACUUUGGGGACUUCUGAGAACAGGUCUGAAAAUGCCGGCCCGCGCCAGCGGUCAGGUCACAGGGCCAGCUCAGCAGCCAUCAGCACACGGAAGCCCCCUGGUGUGGGCACGAAUGUCACCAACACCUGAGCCAGGGUCUGCCUGGCCCCUGGGCCUCCUGCCGGCCUCAGAGGACGCACCGCUGACGGCGGGCGGGGGCAGGCCUCUCA